AUGAGCAGCAACAGCAGCAGCAGCAAUAGCAGCAGCAGCAUCAGUAGCCCCAGCAUGAGUAGCGGCAGCACAAGCAUCAGCCGCAGCCGGAGCCGCAGCAGCAUCAGCCGCAGCAGCAGCAGCAGCAGCAGCAGCAGCAGCAGCGUUGCUGCAGCAGCCAUGCGUUUGUCUCUUGCGCAGUGUAUACGCAGCUUGUUGGUCUCUCCUGGCUGCUGCCUGCGUUUAAUGAAUGAACAAGAUGUCUCCCUUGUAGCUAAUGCUGCUGCUGUUGCUGCAGAAACCCCACAUCCUGCUGCUGCUGCUGCUGCAGCACAGCUUCUAAGGCCCCUGCUGGCCGAGGUUGUGCGCGUCUGCUGCACCUGGAGCAGCAGCAGCAACAGCAGCAGCAGCAACAGAAGCACAGAAUCGGGGCAGCAGCAGCAACUACUGCAACAAGCACAACACCAACACCAGCACCAACAGCAGCAGCAACCGCAGCAGCAGCAGCAGCAGCAUAGGUUGCUGCUGCAGUCUAUGGGGCCCCAGGGUUUAAGCUUGCUGUUUGCUGCACUGCAGCGGCUGCAGCCGCAGCUGCAGUGCGCAGAAAAAUUUUUGCUGGUGAACAGAGCGAUGGAGAUGUUAAAGGCAACACAAACCCAUGGUCUUGCUGCUGCUCCUGCUGCUGCUGCUCCUGCUGCUGCUGCUCCUGCUGCUGCUGCUGCCGCUGCUGCUGCACCUGCUGCUGCUGAUAAUUCUGCUUCGCGGGAUGAUAAGGACUCGCGGAAGUGCAGCAGCAGCAGCAGCUGCAGCAGUAGCAGCAGCAGCAGCAAGGACCGGUGUACGGCGCAGCAGCUAACUUUGCUGCUGCACGCGCUGCAGCAGAUGCCGUCGUUGCCUCGUUUACAGGCAGCAGCAGCAGCAGAAGCAGCAGCAGCAGUGCUGCAGCAAGAAGCAGCAGCUUUCUCGCCUCAGGGCCUUCUCCUCUGUCUGAGAGCCCUAGCUAAGGGACGCCAUAUCGACUUGCAUACACUAGAGGCAAUUCUACGGUGUCUAGCCAGCCGCAAGAAGGAGCUCCGUGCUGCGCUGCAGCGGGAGCAGCACUACGCGGUGCUGCUGCAUGCGCUUGCUGCUACUGCGACAUCUGCUGCCUGUAGCAGCAGCAGCAGCAACAGCAGCAGGAGCAGAAACAGCAGCAGCAACAACAACGGUAGCAGCAGCAGCGGCAACAGCAGCAGAACCAGAAACAGCAACAGCAGCAGCGGCACCAGCAGCACCAGCCGCAGCAGCAGCAACAACAGCAGCAGCAGCAGCAGCAGCAAUAUAGAGAUCGCCAGUUUGAGGGAAGGUUUGCUGCAGCUGCUGCUGCAGCAGCUGCCGCAGGUAGUUGCUGCAUGUACACCUCAAGGGCUAGCUGGGAUCUUCGUGUCGCUUGUAAAGUUAGAUAGAGCCAAUAAACCCAUCAGCAGCAGCAGCAGCAGCAGCAGCAGCAAUAGCAGCAGCAGCAGCAGCAGCAGCAGCAGCAGCAAUAGCAGCAGCAGCAGCAGCAGCAACGUGCUGUGCCCUGACCAGCUGCUGGCCUUGCCUCGUCAUUUGCUGCAUUGCUGCUUCUCAGCUGCAGCAGGGGCCUCUGCUCCAGCACCCUGGCAUGCUGCGCUGCUGCUGCAUGCGCUGCAGCAGCUACCCUCUAUUUCCUCACAGCAGCAGCAGCAGCAGCAGCAGCAGAGGCUGCAGCACUAUUUGCUGGGUGCGGGGGACUGUUUAAUGGAGGCGCUGCAGCCGUUGCUGCUGCUGCUGCAGCAGCAGCAGCAACAGGGGGUUGACCCCUUUGCUGCAGCUGCAGAGACACCCGAAGCGGCGGCAAUGAAGCAGCAGCUGCUGCGUCUGCUGUCACAGCAGCAGCUUCCUGCUGCUGCUCUGCUGCAGCUGCAUGCAGUGCUGCUGCACAUCCACUUAGAGCUACCAGAGGGAAUCAAGGUGCUGCCGCUGCAGCUGCUCCGUGCUGCUGCUGCGCUGCUGCUGCUAGCUGAUGCCGCGAUGCGCAGGAUGCUGCUGCUGCAGCAAAACGCAGCAGCAGCAGCAAAUGCAGCAGCGGCAGCCACCGGAAGCUCGCAGGAAGAUCUACUGCCGCUAGAAGACAUGCAGCAACAGCAGCAGGAGCAGCAGCAGCUCGAAGAGGGCCCCUCAACCUCGCUGCUGCACCGAUCUGUUCUACGCUGCCUUUACGGCAUGCAGCAGCAGCAACAGCAGCAGCAACAGCAGCUAUGGCAGGUAGCUGCAGAGACACCUGCAGGCCCUUACGUCCUCGACAUUUUGCUGCAGCAAACCCCGGGGAUCGGACGAUCCCAGAGUGUGGGGUAG